AUGAUCAAUUUGGACGAAAUUGGGGCCAAACUGACGGCCGGCCGUCAAUCUGGCCAGGAGCUAUCGACUUUUGCACGUGUAGCCAUUGUAGGUGCCGUUGCAACCGGGGCAAGCCAAUCGGCCGUUGCUCGCGCGUUCCGCGUCGACAGAAAGGCAGUCCAACGAACACUUCAACGCUUCGAAUCUUCAACCACAUUUGAGGCUAAGCCUAGAACUGGCCGGCCAGAGGUUCUUACACGUCGGGAGAAACGGUACAUUAUUCAGUUGGCAAAGCGGAACCCUCGCCUAUCAACACAAAUGCUCACCAAUACAGUUGAUACUCGGAUCUCUCGAUCAACGAUCCGCCGGGUUCUCCGCCAUCAUCGUAUGCGGAAAUGGCGUGCACAGAAGAGAAUCCCGUUGACUAAGGACGUGGCAGUGGCUAGAUAUAAAUUUGCUUGCUUUUGGUUGGAGAAUAUCGAAGUGUUGAUCCGAAUGAAGCUCAAUUUGGCCGAUUUUGCUGCUGAAUUGACUGCCGGACGCGGGAGAUUACAGGAGCUUUCUCCAGGCGCACGUGCAGCCAUUUGCACACUUGUUGCGGCCGGGCAGAGCGAACGCGCCGUUUCUCGCCUCUUUCGCGUAUCCCGCGAUACCGUCGCCCGCUGUGUUGAGCACUGGAAAACUCACCGAACGUUUGAUUCGCGACCCCGGAAGGGCCGGCCGCCGGUUCUAACUCGAAGGGAGAAACGCUGGGUGUUCCGAUUUCCGUCCGAGAAGUUCGAUAAGCGUUUCGUCAACCUCCAGAACCAUGUGAAAGCGAACAUCUCGAUCAUGCUUUGGGGAAUGGUCUGGAAAGGGGGGAGAAGUGACCUCAUCGUGAUGGAGCGCGACGAAGAUGCCCCGAGGCGAGGAUACACUGCGAGAUCUUACCAGAAGGCGCUCCAAGAAGGUCUCCUACCUCAUUACAACGAUACCCGGCAUUUCCAGCAAGAUAACGCAAAGAUUCACGUCUGCAAGGCAACGGAGGAGUGGCUCCAGACGCGGGGGAUUUCGUGGAUCGAAUGGCCUGCACACAGUCCGGAUCUGAAUCCGAUUGAGCACGUUUGGGCAGCUCUGAAGAAAAACCUACGAACGUUAUUCCCAGAGCUAUGGUGCCUGAAGCAGAACUGCGUAGAUAUAGCAAAGUUCAAAGAGUGCUUGCAUACGGCGUGGGAGGCUAUCCCACAGUCGUUCAUCGACAAGCUGAUCGAGGGAAUGCCACGCCGGCUAGCCGCUGUUAAAAAAGCGAGGGGGUGGUAUACAAAAUAUUAA